AUGGCAUAUCACUACGUGCUCACCUGGUCACUGUUGGCAUCAGUCAUUGCCACCAUCGUAGCCUUCGGUUUGAUAGUCUUUCUAUGGGGUGCCUUUUUGGACAAGCAUGAGCAUGAUCCUGGACGGAUCAGAGCGGUGAUGUUCAUCAUGCUGUUCGCAGUGACCUCCACAGAGAUAGGCCUUGUUCUUUUUGGCGUGGUGGGUAUCAAGACAACAUUGCUAGCUAUGCUUGUGAAUCUUUGGGGAGGACUAGAUGCGCUGCUAAGAUUUCCGGCAGCGCACGACCUCGAGUCCUGGUUUUCCGCAAAGCAAUUCUCUUUGCUGUUGGUGAAGACCGUGUGUUAUGCCUUCGGCUUCAUUGGUUUCAGGCAACACAUAGGGAAGUUCAUUGCGCUGAUUCUGUUAAAUGUGUGGGGCUUGCCAGUCCUGUACCUGAUGGCAUUGCCUCUUGACCCAUGCGAGCAGGUUGCAGAGGAGGAGUACGAUGUAGACCUGGCCGUUCGUGUCAUCACCAUAGAUCACCAUAGUCGUGUUGUCAUAGUCUUGUCAUGUGUCACCUCGCCUUGGAUUUGCAGCACGAAAAUGGUUUCUUAG